AUGCAACAGCUCAACAACCGAGCGGAGAACCACUUCAGCAGCCUGGUGGAAUGUGAGCUGGAGAACUUGGGCAGAGGAGCCUGGGUCAACCGAGCCUACAACGACUCACCUCCACCUGCCCAGCAUCACAGCAUCAGCACCGUGUACAGCCCUCGGCCUCUGCUCCACAGCUCUCUGGACAGCGGGAGCAAACUGAGCGUGCCCAACCCAUACCCUGCCCAGGUCCGAGCGGUCAGCCUCCCGUCCGAGAAAAAGACAACAGAGAGCCACUCUUACCUCCUUAGAGGAAUCAAAGGACUGUGGGGCACCACACUGACAGAGGACACAAAGGAGAACCGGGAGCUGUUUGUCAGGACAACUCUUCGGGAGCUGGUGGUCUACAUUGUUUUCCUGGUGGACGUAUGUCUAUUGACCUACGGGAUGACCAGCUCCUGUGCCUAUUACUACACCAAGGUUAUGACCGACCUGUUUGUGAAUACACCGAGCGAGAGUGGGGUCAGCUUUCAGUCCAUUACAAACAUAGAUGAUUUCUGGACGUAUGCACAAGGUCCACUACUGGACGGCCUUUACUGGACCAAAUGGUACAACAACCAGUCUCUGGAGAAUGGAAACCAGUCCUUUAUCUACUAUGAGAACAUGCUUCUAGGCGUGCCUCGCAUAAGACAGCUGAAAAUAAGGAACGACUCCUGCAGGGUUCACAGAGACUUCCAGGAGCAAAUCUCAGAGUGCUUUGACGUCUACACUGAUAAAAAAGAGGACAGGAAUCCAUUUGGCCUCAUUAACGGAACAGCAUGGCAGUACCACACAGAGAGAGAGAUCAAAGGCUCCAGCCACUGGGGUGUUCUGGCCACAUACAGCGGCGGAGGUUACUACCAGGACCUGGCCAAAACCGCGGAGGAGAGUGCAGCCCUCCUCACCACGCUGUGGGAGAGCCUGUGGCUGGACCACGGCACCAGGGCUGUUUUCAUUGACUUCUCUACUUACAACGCCAACAUCAACCUAUUCUGUGUCAUCAGAUUAGUGGUUGAGUUCCCGGCCACCGGCGGAGCCAUGUCGUCUUACCAGAUCCGAACAGUGAAGCUGAUUCGCUACGUCACCACCUGGGAUUUCUUUGUCUGCGGCUGUGAGGUUGUUUUCUGUUUAUUCAUCCUUUACUAUAUGGUGGAGGAGAUCUUGGAGCUUCGUAUCCACAAACUGUCCUACUUUGGCAGCGUCUGGAACAUUCUGGAUCUGGUGAUCAUAUUGCUUGCUCUCGUCGCAAUUGUCUUCAAUGUUUUCCGGACCAUCAAAGUGGACAAACUGCUUGGGAGUCUGCUGCAGGAACCGAAUAUUUACGCCGAUUUUGAAUUUCUUGCUUUUUGGCAAACUCAGUACAACAAUAUGAACGCAGUGAACCUGUUUUUUGCUUGGAUCAAGAUAUUUAAAUACAUCAGUUUUAAUAAGACCAUGACUCAGCUGUCCUCUACCCUGGCGCGGUGCGCCACAGACAUCCUGGGCUUCGCCAUCAUGUUCUUUAUCGUGUUUUUCGCGUACGCCCAGCUUGGGUACCUGCUCUUCGGCACCGAGGUGGAAACUUUCAGCGUCUUUAACAAAUGCAUAUUCACGCAGUUCCGGAUUAUCCUGGGAGACUUUGACUACGAUGCCAUCGAGAGGGCAAACAGAAUCCUCGGACCCGUAUAUUUCUUCACCUACGUGUUUUUCGUCUUCUUUGUGCUGCUGAACAUGUUUCUGGCGAUCAUAAAUGAUACGUACUCCGAAGUGAAAGAAGAACUGGCCUCUCAGAAAGAUGAACUCCAGAUUACUGACCUUAUCAAACAGAGUUAUGCAAAAACAUUUAUGAAACUAAAGGUUAAGAAGGAAAAGAUCUCGGAUGUUCAGAAGGCGCUGCAGUCGGGAUCGAAGGAGCUGGAGUUUAAGGACUUUAGAGACACACUGAAGGAGAUGGGCCACGCUGAGAGCGAGAUUUCCGCGGCCUUUUCCAAAUUUGAUCGGGACGGGAAUCAGAUUCUCGACAAGGAGGAGCAGGAGAGGAUGAAACAGGAGCUGGAGGAAAAAAGGGAUGCUCUGAGCGAAGAGCUGAACAACCUUGGAAGUCAGUACGCUAAACACCGAGAUUCAGCAGACAGUAUCGACAAACAAAAGAGAGGCUGUCACCCAGUCACCCAGGACGAGUUUCAGAUGCUGGUUGGACAGGUUCUCCAUCUGCAAUCUUCUAUAACCUCGAUAAUGUCACAGAUGGAUGCCGUCAUGGAGAAGCUGGAGCUACAAUCCAUCAGCAAAACAAACAACAGAGAAACAAAAGGAAAACUGCAAACCAUUAGAAAUGAUGGAAUGGCAGAGUGGCAGGGCAAACUGGAACCAGUCACCUUUAUCCAGAUUUAG